AGAGACGGUUUGUUUUCAUCACGUGACCAGAAGUAUGAGUCGGAAGUCCGCUGGUUUUAAUCUCAUGCGACACAAAAGUCAAAGUCCAUGCAGAAUAUUAGAAUAGUGCGGGACAACAUUAAUUUCCAUCAAAACAUCUUGUCUUUUAUGUUUCUGUUUAGUUUGUUGUCGCGGCGAGCUGCUGUCUGGACUGUGAGACCAGGCUACUUUUAGCUUGUUGGCUAGCUGCUUGCUGGACUACAACCUUCUCCUUUUUCACACACUUUUAACUUUAUGGCCGUCUUCUCCUGACUGCAACAUCGCCAUUAAAGGUUGAUGCUUGAUCCAUGAACGGCAACUCAUGUCUUUGGCGCCCCUGAGGGCCUUGCCCCUGAGAGCCCCACUUUUGUCUGCUGCAGACGCAUUUUGGGGAGUGGCGGCGUUCCCUGAACAAACAGGAUGUUGGAGGGCCUGGUCGCCUGGGUGCUGAACACAUACUUGGGGAAAUAUGUCAGCAACUUGAACACGGAUCAGCUGUCCAUUGCCCUCCUCAAAGGUGCAGUUGAGUUGGAGAACCUCCCUCUGAGGAAAGAUGCACUCAAAGAGUUUGACCUGCCCUUUGAAGUCAAAGCAGGCUUCAUUGGAAAGAUUACUCUGCAGAUCCCGUUCUACCGGCCUCACAGCGACCCGUGGGUCAUCUCCAUGUCCCAGCUCAACCUCAUCGUCGGCCCUGCCCAGAUGCAGGAGUAUGACGACCAGAAAGAGAAAGAGGAGCAGAGGGAGCGCAAGAAGUAUCUCCUCAAGACUCUUGAAGACAAAUUCAAGAGUGAGUGUGAGCAGAGAGGAGAGUCUUACUGGUACUCCGUCACUGCAUCCGUGGUUACGAGAAUCGUGGAAAACAUUGAACUCAACAUCCAAGACGUGCACCUGAGAUUUGAGGAUGACACCUGCAAUCCCGACAAGCCCUUCUCCUUCGGAGUCUGCAUCAACAACAUCUCUGCUCAGAAUCCUUCCAAAGACAAGGCCGGAAAUCCCUUCCGACAGAAGCAGCUGGAGAUCGAUGAUUUCAGGGUGUACUGGGACACCCAGUGUGAAAUGCUGGCUAAACUCCCUGUCAAUCAGAUCCAGGAGGCGAUGACCCAGUGCAUGAAGACGUGGACUCAUCAGUACAUCUUUGAACCAGUGUGUGCCUCCGUCUUGCUCAGAAGAAAUGCUUCCAAGGAGCCUCUGAGGGUCCGACACACCCCACGGAUCGAAGGCCAUGUUCAGCUGGAGACCAUGUCCAUACGCUUAUCUCAGGUCCAGUACCAACAGCUCAUGGCAUUCCUCAAGGAACUGUACCGCCGGGAAAGGGAGAUGCUUUACCGAAAGUGGAGACCCAACUGCCCCAUCUCUGGAAACUGCAAGCAAUGGUGGAUGUUUGCCAUCCAGGCAAACCUAAGUGAGAUCAGGGAACAGAGGCGUAGAGGAAGUUGGACUUUUGCCCUCCAGCGUGCACGGGAUGUUCAGACUUACACCAGCCUAUACUUCAGGAAACUCAAAGGAGUCCCAUUGAGUCCCCAGGAAGAGAGUGAACUUGAGCGAGUAGAAGAGGAGCAAACAUUGGAGGAACUGCAGAGUCUCAGGGAGAUUGUCCACGAAUGGUUUCGAGAGCAGGAAGAAAUUGUUGAGAAUGUUCAAGAGGCCAGCAGUGAGCCGCAGCCUUGUCCACCCACCACAACUAUCCCUAAGAGUGGAAGCUCCGGCAUGAUCCAGUACCUGCAGUCCUGGUUUCCUGGCUGGGGUGGCUGGUAUGGAGAUUCUCUGGAACCAGACCGAGGCCCCGAGGUGCUUCUGCCAAGCCCGUCUUCCUGGGAUAUUCUGGCAGAAACCGAUGACUUGUUUGACCCGUUGGAGGACUCCCAGACUCUGAACACGUUUACCAGGCGAGAUUACCUGUUUGCCCGACUGGACUUCUUGCUGGAGAAAGGUAGCAUCACUCUGUUUCAUCAAGAAGGCCGAGAGGAGACCCUGCAUGAGAGUGGAGUCAUCCAGCUGGAAGUUUCAGGCGUGCAGGUUGUUGUGGAGUCUUUGCCCCGCUCAGAGUCUUCUCUACUGUCUGUAAAACUGGGCGGAUUAUUCCUUAGAGACCUGACUACUCAUGGCACAAUCUUCCCAGUACUGGUGUCUCCCAAACUGGACAAGGUUGUCAUCGCUGUAAAGCAGACAUCUGGCCAGGCCAGCAGCACCUCUGAGUGCUGUUCCUCUCCGGUCUUUGAAAUGCUUUAUGAGCGUAAUCCUGUGAGGUCCAAGUUCGAAAGAAGACUGGAGGUGAACACCAGCCCACUGAACAUCAUCUACAACCCACAGGCCAUCAAGAAAGUCACAGAGUUCUUCUACAAAGGACGAGUCCAUUCCUCUGGUUUUGGCUAUCAGUCAGAACUGGAGCUGAAAGUGGCGGAGGCUGCCAGAAGGAAGUAUGACAAGUUGAAAAGGCAGACCAAGGCAGAAAUACGCCAAACUAUUGAUCAGCUUCUUGUGGGCGAAUUUAUUGAAAACAGUAAGCGUUGGACGAUGAAGCUGGACAUCUGUGCACCACAGGUCAUUUUCCCCGAUGAUUUCCAGUCCGGAGACCCCAUGUUAGUCAUCGUGGAUUUGGGCAGGAUUCUGCUCACAAACUCCCUUGAUGACUCUAAGGAUUUCAAAACUGCUCCACUUGAGAGGGAAGACUUAAGUGAUGAGGAGUACCAGACACCCCUUGGCACUCCACCAGAGUCUCCACCUGAGCUUCAAGUGCCUCUGAAAGAUUGGCCAAAAUGUCCUGAACUCCCCAGCCUCGGCUCACCUGAAAACACAAAAUCAUAUUGUAGAAAGCUUUAUGAAAGAUACUCCUUGUCCUUCAAGGAUCUGCAGAUAAUGGUUGGUCGCUACAAGGACAAUUGGAAAAACCUUCAAGAGAGUGAAGUGGGUCCGACCCAUGUGGUGGAGAAAUUUAAUGUGUUGUUGCAACUGGAGCAGAGGCUGCGUUACACGUCCGACCCCCAGCUCCCAGGGGCUGUGCUCUCAGGAACCCUGCCUGAUCUCAAGGUCCAUGUCAACCUGGAGAAGAUGACUGCUUUGAGGAGUUGUUUGGCGAGGCUAAGCAGUUCAGCAGUCAACGAAGACAACCUCCACGAUAAAGGGAUCAAGUCUCCCGACCCGCUUACUCUCCGCCAUGAAAAGAUCUUUCAGAGAGAGGAUAGUUCCUGGAAGAUACAAGGUUCGGCCAAGAACUUGACACAAAGCGUGAUGACAUUAGAGCAGCACACAAGGGAAGUUCUGGUGGAAUCCCGCCUACUGCUGGCUGAAUUCAACAUCAACUAUAUGCAGCUUGGUGUGGAGAGCGAUGGCCGCUACAUAUCUGUUUUGAAGGUAUUUGGCACCAACGCUCACUUUGUCAAGCGACCUUAUGAUGCAGAGGUCUCUCUUACGGUCCAUGGUCUCCUUCUGGUGGACACCCUGCAAACCUAUGGUUCAGACUUCGACCUUCUAGUGUCCUCUCAUAAAAAUCUCAGUUUUGACAUCCCCACUGGCAGUCUUCAGGAAAGCCAGCCAUCUUCUCCAAUGUCAUACGACAGUAGGUCUUCUGAGCAUCAGAACCACCUUAAUGAGUCCUCUUCGGGUUUGCGCACGGAUAGAAUGUCUGGCCUUAGUUCCUUUCUUAAAGAUCAAGAGGUGCUGAUUAAACUGGAAUACCAAUUUGUUAGUUCAGACUGUCCUUCCAUGAACCUGGACAGUUCCCUUCAGGUGAUAAGCAUGCAGGUCAACAACUUGGACAUUAUUCUGAACCCCGAGACCAUGGUAGAGCUGCUGAAGUUCCUCCAAAAGUCUUUCCCCAAGGAGGAAAACCAGUGGGCGGCGUCAUUACAGCAACCUGCAGUACAGCCCUACGCCAAGGAAGAAGAUGGAACUUUCCAGUCCACUUAUGAUCACAACAAAGAGCUAACUGUGGAGAUUCAUCGACUUAACCUCCUUCUCCUUCGAACGGUAUCCACAGGAACUGUGUUGGGCGCUGAGAAGAAAGGCUUGAAGAUUGCAACUGCCAGCAUCACCGGCACCAAGGUUAAUGUUUCCUUAGGCAGUCGAAUGGACAUCAAUGGAUCACUUGGUGCCUUGCAGUUAGUAGACCUUACCCAGGAAGGAGGCCGAAGCCAGUUUGUAGUGAGCAUCGGCAAUGCAGAAGACAGCUCCUCAACUUGUGAAGGACUACCUUUGCUUGCUGACAAAGAACUUUCUCCUUCAGAAGCCCUGAAUUUUCAACUGCGGGAGAAUUUCCAAGGGGACUGCACUUUACAUUUGCACAUGGCAUCCUUGCAUUAUAACCACUCAGCCAAGUUCUUGAUGGAGCUCAGUCUUUCCGCUAAUGAGGUGGAGGACAAUUUCCGCUCUAUGUUGAAAAGCGCUGCCACCAAAGUGUCAACAGUUCUUGUCACAAAGACGGCCGAGUACAGCGGUAUGUUCUCGCUCUUUGAGACACCCUCGCGAAGAAGUCGAACUCAGAGUCAAAGUUGGGCUUAUCCCAUGGAGGACGAGGAGGAUAUUUCCAUGGAGGAGCCUGAAUCUACCUUGGAGACCUUCUUUGUGAAGUUGACCUUAAAUAUAAACAUCGAAUCACCAGUCGUGUCCAUUCCUCGAAAACCUGGACACCCUGAACUGCUUGUCGGGCACUUGGGCAGUAUAACUAUCCAGAACUUUAGCACUGGCCAGCAGUCAGAAGGCGAGCUGUUGCAGGUGCUUGUGAAGGAUAUCCGCUUGUACUCACUAAACACCGGUCACUUGGUUUUGAAGAAGAUGCAAAGAGUGGAGAAAACUGGCAGCUCGUCACCGUCCCAUAACAGAAGUCAGGAUGAACCUCAGUUCACACGCCACGACUUCUUUGAAUACCUCAGCCAAGGAAAAGCCUUCCAUAUACUAAAAGACACCACGAUACAGUUUACACUGGAGAAGUCCACCGUCCAUGAAGAUAUCCAGUUUACCUUUCUUAGCGCUAAAGAACCAUGCAAGAGCACAGGACUACUGAGAGUCGAGGGGAAAUUCAUCAAACCUGUUCAGGUGUUCCUGUGCAAGGCUGUGUAUGAACAGGUCCUGCAGACGCUGGAUCAUUUAUUUGUCGUUGAGGAGCAGCGAGCUACACCCAGUCAACCACCAACGCCCCCGCCUCCAACUCCUUCCUCCACCAGGCCUCAGCGCUUCCCCGACCCCCACGGAGGACUGUUUGCCAAGGACCCUCCCUACAUCAGCCUGCCGCACUCACUGCUCUCCUCUCCUUUGCCUCUGCAGUCUCAAAAGCCCGGUCCUCAGUCUCCUGCCUUCACUCAGCUGAAAGUCACAGUGCACGUUGCAGAACUGCAGGUCCAGCUCAGUGCUGACUUGACCCAGGGCUCCCAAGGCUUGAUCAGUCUGCAAUUCCGUGACCUGGAGGGAGACAUCACCAAAGAGCAUCCACAUUUGUUGGAAGUCCAGCUGGUUCUGCGUUCACUGCUCAUGGAGGAUCUCCUGGAGCAGAACCCUGAGCAUAAACAUCUCAUGGUGUCCCGUGGAGCUCCAAAGCCUUCCACAUUCAGCCCCAAGGAGUACCUAUCUCAUAGCUGUCCAUCAGCAUCCAACGUCCAGUACCCUGACAUGCCCCGCUCUCUGCCUUCUCACAUGGAAGAGGCCCAGAAUGUCUUCCAGCUCUACCAGAGGCAUGCCGCUACUUUGGCCACUAAUCGCAAAACCAAGAAGGAUCCAGACUGUCCCAGCACUCCGCCGCCCUCCCCGACUCACCCUGCAUCCUCCCCUCAGCCCACCUCAGAGUUUGACGAGUCCUUAGUCCACAUCAAUGUGUUGCUGGUGGACCAGAACCACCCGGAAUUCACCACCCGUUACGGAAGUGUGGGACGAAGCAUCGAUAUUGACUUUAACUGCCUGGACGUUUUAAUCACCUUGCAGACAUGGGUGGUCAUCCUGGAUUUCUUUGGAAUCGGCUCCACGGCGAACAAUCACGCAAUGAAGGUGGCGCCCAGCUCCCCUCAAUAUGUGCCGGGACAUCCUCUCUACGAGUCGGACGACAUGGAGCAGGACACCGGCGAUGCAGUCAACACCAAGCUGGACCUCAAGGUCCAUUCCCUGUCGGUGGUGCUGAACAAGGAAGGCAACGAGCUGGCCAGAGCCGGUGUCAUCAAACUGUCUGCUCACCUGGAAAUGUUGGAAAGCAACCUGGUCUUGACGGGCAGUUUGGGAAGUUUGUCCCUCAGCGACCUGACCCCUCACGGUGACCUCUACUGUGAACGCUUCACCACACGUGGAGGGGAAGCUCUCAGUUUUCAUAUCCAUAAGUACGGGCUGCCCGAUCCUUGCCUGGAACGAGAGUACGACAUGAAGGUUUCUCUGCUGAUGGCCUCCGUGCAGUAUGUGCAUACUCAGCGCUUCCAGGCCGAGGUGGUGGCCUUCAUACAGCACUUCACCCAGCUGCAGGAUGUCCUGGGCAGGCAGAGGGCUGCACUGGAGGGCCAAGCUAUAAGGGAGCGUCCUCAGCGGGCCUCCAGAGUUCUGCUGGACAUCCAGGCUGGUGCUCCAGUUAUAAUCAUCCCAGAGAGCUCAAGUUCAAGCAGGGUGAUUGUGGCCAACCUGGGCCAGCUGGAGCUGCAGAACUGCUUCUUACCUGCCGGGGCUGCUGGCACUUUCUCUGGCCGAGACAAGGUAGAGAAACUCACCAUGGCACAUGCCUUUUUCCCUACUCUGAAGGAGUCCACACAGAAGGCAGAAGCGUGGACUUAUGAGCAAAGACAGCAUAAAAAGCCGCCCAGCAGCCUCAACUUGUGGACCAAUGGCAGCACACAGCCUGACCAGCUCACCUCAGAAGACCACGUGUGUCUCUUGGACUGCAUUGCUCUGGAUCUGCAGCAGAUGGAUAUAUUUGCUGCGGAGCGCCUGCCCUGCCAACCGUGUGACCGAGGCUGUAAAUCCACGGAAAUGUCCGAUCUUAUUUUCCCUUCAUACUCUGUCCGUCGCACGGGAGGCAACCUGCUGAAAGAGUGCUGCCGCCUCCAGCUUAAAGUGGAGCGCAACCUGGACAGAGAGCUGAGUCAGGCGGUGGCAGACAUGAGCAUCUCUGGCAGCCUGUCCUCAGUGCACUGCUCUCUGGACACACAACAUUAUCAGCUGAUUCGAGGGCUGCUGGAGAACAACCUUGGGGAGCCCGUUGAAGAAUACCUGCGCCCCUUCAGCCUGCAGGACCCCAGCACCUACACCGUCUUAAGUGGAGAUGUCUACACCAACUUGUCCAUCCUGGUGGACAUGAUGGACGUCAGUCUGGAGCUCACGGACCGCAGUUCAACCAGCGGCCACAAACGCUCUCUAGCAAGGUUUAACUUCAUCAAAUCCAAACUGCUCUUUGAGAGUUUCUCCAACGGCUCCAAGUCGGUCAACUUGGUGUCCCACUCGCUGCUGGCGUACGACACUCGCUGCACUGGACAGCACCAGAGGACUGGACAGCACCAGAGGACUGGACCUGACGGGACCUGCGGACACAACGUCUUCCACUGCAUCCUCCAGCCUUCCAAAGCUGCCACCAACCAGGCUUCUCUGCAGCUGGAACUGCAUUACAGAUCCACACAGGACUCCUCCUGCUUCACGGUGGUCCUGAACAACCUGAGGGUCUUUCUCAUCUUUGACUGGCUGCGGCUGGUGCAGGACUUCCUGCAAACGCCAGUGAGGAAGCCCUCAGGUGCAGAGAACCCCGGUAACAACAGCACGGACCCGGGACUCACCGCUGCUGCCGUCACCACCACCAUACCAAAGAGGGUCAAGAGUGGUGUGGUCACCAAGAGGUCCACGGUGCCAGUGACCCACAACCGCUGCCUGGAGGUCAAGGUCAAUGUGACAGGCACAGAAUUUGUGAUAGUGGAGGACUCCAACUGCCUGGAUACCAACGCCAUCAUCCUCAAAGGCACCACCGUCCUCACCUACAAGCCUCGUCUCCUGGACAGACCUUUCUCCGGAAGCCUGGCUGGCAUCGAGGUCUUCUCCUGUUGUCUGGGCAGCGAGCAGGAGAGCGCUCUGUCCAUCGUGGAUCCUGUCAAUGUCCAGGUGGAGCUGUGUGGCAGCCCCACCUACCAGAGCAGCUCCGGGCUGCUGGACGCCUUCAGUGUGGAGGACAUCCCGCCCCUGCUGGAGAUCCAGUUUCCUGUCCUGGACAUCCGCCUGUCCUACAAUGACAUUCAGCUCUUCUUGGCCAUCGCCAAGUCCAUCCCUGAGGUCAACGCUUCUGACUCGGAUGUUGCCACUUCGACUCCAACUGUGUCGGCCCACGCAACCAAACACUCGGGGAGAAAAAGUCUGGCCCAUAUAGAGGGGCAGCUCAUUCAUCUGCAGGAUCUUGGCUUCCGGAAGGAAGACUGCAAAAAGGCCCUCCUUCUCUGUAAAGGUCACCUGGACCAGGCUGCCACCUGGUUGCUUGAAAAUGCAGAGAACAUGGCAGGCCGCUCCAAAGCCGGAGCCGACUGUGGUUCUUCCAGUCAGGCAGCUGUUCUGUCUGGGAUAGAAGUGAAGGCCGAGAGCAUCUGCAUCUGUCUCAUCGACGACUGCCUGGACCGAGACAUACCUCUUGCCGAGCUCACCUUCUCACGACUAAAUGUCUUGCAGCGCAUUGGUUCCACCCAGGAGGGCAAUGCCAGCUGUAGUUUGUCAGGAGACUACUACAACAGGGAGCUGGCAGGAUGGGAGCCCUUCAUAGAGCCCUGGCCAUGCUCCCUGUCCUGGCAGCAGCAGGCGGCUGGCAGGCUCCACCCUCCACGUUUGAAGAUGAGCGUUCGAGCCAAGCAGCGACUUGACAUCAACAUCACAUCUGUGCUGCUGGAACAGUACAACACCACCAAGACAUCUUGGAUGGCAGACUACUGGAAGAAGGACGAGCAGCCCAGUCAGUCCUCACCCACCUUGUCCUGGGUCGGCUCCUCCGUCGACCCGCCCAGCUUUGGACCCAGUGCUCCUCUCUCUCACCUCAGGACUCGGAGCACUGCCAGCUUGACCGCUUUUGAUCAACAAGCUUCAGACUCCCGAGAUGUUAAAGUGUCCAAGAAGAGGCAGCCGUUUGUACCUUACGCUCUGUGCAACCACACAGGAUGCACCAUGUGGUUCGCCACUCUGACUACCACCCCCACCAGAGUGGCGCUCUCUCACAGCAACAGUGCAGACUCCAUCGGGGACCUCCACGGGCCCGGCACUGACGACGGCCACAAUGUCAGUCAGUGGCGAGAAGUCUUUCCCGGGGAGGAGAUUCCUUUUGAGUUUGAAGCACGGGAGAAACUUCGCCACAGGCACACUCACGAGUUGAAGCUGCACCAGCUGCUGGUGCGGGUGUGUGGCUGGGAGCAGGUGAAGCCCGUGUCUGUGGACAAAGUGGGCGUGUUCUUCCGCUACGCAGCUCCAGACAGAAACAAUGCAUCCAACAUUGUGGGCAGUCCUAUCAGCAGGACCAACAUCAUCCACCCACAUGUCUAUUUCUCAGCAUUGCCUCCAGUGAGAGUGGUCUUCUCCAUCACCAUGGAGGGAAGUGCCAGGAAGGUGAUAACUGUGAGGUCUGCCCUCAUUCUGAAGAACCAGCUGGAUGUUGCCAUGGAGAUCAGACUGGACAGCCCCUCUGCCCCUGACAAACCUGUGGUGUUGCCUCCUAUAUUGCCUAACCAGGCCUUGGCGGUUCCACUCCACCUGACCUCAUGGCGUCUACAGGCCCGGCCCAAGGGCCUGGGCCUGUUCUUCUGUAAAGUUCCCAUCCACUGGACCAGUGUGGAGCGAGCCGGAGAGUUGAGCAGCAGCAGGAGGGAUUGCCAGUCAGCAGACUUUGACCUCAAGCGGAACUUCAGGUUUUGCGUGGUCAUCAAAAAAGAGCACUACCCUGACCAGCGGCCUGCCAAGAAGGUGUCCGGUACCACCAAGGAGAUCUAUCGCCAGCCGGGCCACACCAUCUUUCUGUUGCCCACGGUGGUGCUGGCCAACCUGCUGCCCUGCGACCUCAACUACUACGUGAAGGGAACCUCCGUCAAAGGCUCUCUGAAGCCCGGCAAAGAAGCCGUGCUUCAUGCCAUGGACACGUCCCAGAACAUGGAACUAGGUGUGCUGUUUGAGAACUUCCCGCUGUGCAAAGAGCUGCUCAUUCCCCCGGGAACCCAGAACUAUGUGGUCCGGAUGAGGCUGUACGACACCAACAAGCGUCUGCUCUGCCUCACCAUCCGCAUCAUUCUGCGGGCCCAGGGGGCGCUGAAGAUCCUCAUCUCUGCCCCCUAUUGGCUGAUCAACAAGACAGGCCUUCCCUUAAUUUUCAGACAAGACAACAGCAAAGUGGAUGCUGCAGGCCAGUUUGAUGAGCAUGAACUGGCCCGAAGUCUCAGCCCGUUGCUCUUCUGCUACACUGACAAGGAGCAGCCGGCUAUGUGUACUAUGCGGGUCGGGAAGGGGAUCCAUCCAGACGGCGUUCCGGGCUGGUGCCAAGGUUUCUCCCUGGAUGGAGGAAGUGGAGUCCGGGCCGUGAAGGUCAUCCAGCAUGGUAACAGGCCUGGCCUCAUCUACAACAUUGGUAUCAGUGUGCGGAACGGAAAGGGACGCUACCGAGACACUCACAUUGUGACCUUUGCCCCCCGCUACUUGCUGGACAACAGCUCCUCACACAAGCUGGCUUUUGCUCAGCGGGAGUUUGCCCGGGGAAAGGGGACUGCCAACCCCGAGGGUUACAUCUCCACCCUGCCGGGCUCCAGCGUGGUCUUCCACUGGCCCAGGAAUGACUAUGACCAGUUGUUGUGUGUGCGCCUGAUGGACUCCCCCACCUGCACCUGGUCAGGAGGCUUUGAGGUCAACAAACCAAAGUCCUUUCACGUCAACAUGAGGGACACCAUGGGGAAUUGCUUCUUCCUGCGGACGGAGAUCACCAUUAAGGGAGCCACCUACCAGGUCUCCUUCACUGACACUGACCAACUGCCCCCACCUUUCCGUAUCCACAACAUCUCUGAGGUUCCGAUCCAGUUCUGGCAGCACGGCGUGGUGGACAUCAAGCUGCACACCGAGGUGAAGGCCGACUCAGAACUGGACUACGCCUGUGACGAACCAACACUGCCGCCGUACCUGACUCUCACCGUGAAAGGAGCCGGGUCUUCGGAGGUCACGGCUGACAUGAACUUCUUCCGAGAAUACAACAAGCUCUACUACGAGAACUUCAUCUACAUCGCAGCCACCCACACCUUCUCACAGAGCGCCGGCAGGAGACGAGUUGGCAAGAAACAUCUGGUAACUUGUGCUGAGUUGGUUCUCGAUGUGGACACCAAGACACAGAGGGUCAUCUUGAAGAAGAAGGAGCCUGGCAAGCGCUCCCAGCUGUGGAGAAUGACAGGCACCGGUAUGCUCUGUCAUGAAGGCUCCUCUCCGCCGCAGAGCAAGCCUGCUCAGCCACGGCCCAUGGACUCUUCUCUGGUCCUGGACAUUGCAGGUCUUGCAGCUGUCAGUGACAACAGUUAUGAGCCCUUGAUGCUCAGGAGACCAGACCCUCGCCGCAGCACCACCCAGACCUGGCACUUCAGCUCCUGCAUGCUGACUUGUGGACUUCCUCGCCUCGUUGUACAGGCGAGGGGCGGCAUGGAGGGUCUGUACGAUGGAGCCGAAGUGGUGUUGGGACCGGACUCUGGGCUUAUGGAACCCGGUCCUGAACAGCAGUUCAUCAACCAGAAGAUGAGGCCUGGUUCUGGGGUGUUGUCUGUUCAGGUGCUGCCAGACGGACCCACACGGGUUCUGCAGAUCAGCGACUUCAACCAGAGAAGAAUGGUCCACAAGUCAGCAGGUGCAGAAACAGACAAGAACAAAGAGGAGGUGAAGAAGAAGGAGCCUGAACAGGAACUGGAGGUGUUGGUGAACCUGGAGGAAGGGAUCGGCGUGUCGCUUCUCAACAAGGUUCCUGAGGAGCUGGUGUUUGCCACACUGUCAGGUAUUGAUGUCCACUUCACACGCACGGCGGCCAACGAGGUGUUGGAGAUGAGCAUCAGCAACAUCCAGGUGGACAACCAGCUGCUGGGCACCACCCAGCCCGUCAUGCUGUGUGUGACGCCAACGUCCAGUGAGGGCAUGGUGCUGGACAGCGGGCCAGCCUUGCAAAUCAACUCCGUCAAAGUUCCCAGCAGCCUGAUGCUCACCGACAUCUUCAAGCACCUGAUGGUGACAGCUGGACGCUUCAGUGUCAUCAUCGAAGAGAAGUUGUUGCUCAAGAUACUCAGCUUCUUUGGGUAUGGACAGACUGAAGCAGAGCUGGAGAAACUGGAUGAAAACCUGCAUGAGAGACCCAACAGGGAUGCAGGACCCCCCAAACGUUACUACUUUGAGAACCUGAAGAUCAGCCUCCCUCAGGUCAAGCUGAGCGUCCUCACCUCUCACAAGCUGCCUGCCGACCUCAAGGCUUUGAAAGGUACCCUGGGGUUCCCGCUGGUUCGUUUUGAGGACGCUGUUGUCAACAUGUACCCCUUCACCAGAGUGCACCCCUACGAGACCCAGGAGAUCAUCAUCAACGACAUCCUCAAGCACUUCAGAGAGGAGCUGAUCAGCCAGGCAGCCCAGAUCUUGGGAUCGGUGGACUUCCUCGGGAAUCCGAUAGGACUCCUCAACGACGUGUCUGAGGGUAUGUCGGAGCUCAUCAAGUACGGCAACGUGGGCGGUCUUAUACGCAACGUGACGCAUGGCGUGUCCAACUCUGCUGCCAAGUUUGCAGGGACCUUAUCUGAUGGGCUGGGGAAGACCAUGGACAACCGCCACCAGACUGAGCGAGAGUACAUCAGAUACCACGGCGCCACUAGUGGAGAGCACCUGGUCGCUGGCAUCCACGGACUAGCUCAUGGGAUCAUAGGAGGCAUGACCAGCAUCAUCACCUCCACCGUGGAGGGCGUGAAGACGGAGGGUGGAGUCAGCGGCUUCUUCUCUGGUCUGGGUAAAGGUCUGGUCGGCACGGUGACCAAACCGGUGGCGGGAGCGCUGGACUUUGCUUCAGAGACGGCACAGACGGUCCGAGACAUGGCGAGUCUCAGCAACCACAGGUCAAGUGUACAUCGUGUGAGGAAGCCUCGCUGCUGCAAAGGUCCCCAGGGUCUCCUCCCCCGCUACUCGGCCCUGCAGGCUGAGGGUCAGGAUCAGCUGUUCCGCCUGACAGACAACAUCCAGUCUGAGUUCUUCAUCGCAGUGGAGCCCAUGGACAGCUACAGCGUGCUCAUCUCCUCCAAAGUGGUCUACUUCCUGAAGCCUGGAGAGCAGGUGGACCGUGAGGCCAUUUUCCUGGAGAUCAAGUAUGACGACCUGUACCACAGUCUGGUGUCCAAGGACCAUGGCAAAGUCUAUGUGCAGCUCACCAAGAAGGCUGAGAGCACCAGCAGUGGAGUCGCCAUCCCUGGACCCUCCCACCAGAAGCCCAUGGUGCAUGUGAAGACUGAAUCUCUGGCUGUCAAAAUCUCCCAAGAAAUCAACUAUGCCAAGAGUUUGUAUUACGAGCAACAGCUGAUGCUGCCUGCCACUGACGACCAGGACUGCUUGUUGCUGGAGUCCUGAUCUCACACACACACACACACACACACACACACACACACACACACACACACACACACACACACACUGGUAUACAUAUCAGUCUUUCUAAAACUCAACAAGACCAUUUUUGUUGAGAUCUCAGAGAGAGUGACAUGAGUCACACGCUCUCAUUUCCCACAGAGCACAUAAGAGUUUUAAUGAGUGCAUAUUUAUGAUGUCCUCACAUGUACAUACUGUAUCAUGCAAGUCUUCCAUAUCAUCUGUAAAUAUGACACUAUGGAUGAUGUGAAUAUAACACUGUGUGACUUUUUUAGAGUAUUAUUUGGAGUGGGGGUUGGAAUAUAUAGAAUUGCACUGACACACUUAAGGAAUCCACUUUGGAGCUGCCUUCCCCUGCCUGCCAUAGUGGACUACCUCCAUAUACGUGUGUAGUACCUCCAUACAUGUGUGUAGUACCACCAUACAUGUGUGGACUACCUCCAUACACGUGUGGACUACCACCAUACAUGUGUGUAGUACCACCAUACACGUGUGUACUACCACUAUACACGUGUGUAGUACCACCAUGCACGUGUGUAGUACCACCAUGCACGUGUGUAGUACCACUAUGCACGUGUGUAGUACCACCAUGCACGUGUGUAGUACCACCAUGCACGUGUGUAGUACCACUAUGCACGUGUGUAGUACCACCAUACACGUGUGUAGUACCACUAUACACGUGUGUAGUACCACCAUGCACGUGUGUAGUACCACCAUGCACGUGUGUAGUACCACUAUGCACGUGUGUAGUACCACCAUGCACGUGUGUAGUACCACCAUACACGUGUGUAGUACCACCAUACACGUGUGUAGUACCACCAUACACGUGUGUAGUACCACCAUACACGUGUGUAGUACCACCAUACACGUGUGUAGUACCACCAUACACGUGUGUAGUACCACCAUACAUGUGUGUAGUACCACCAUACACGUGUGUACUACCUCCAUACACGUGUGUAGUACCACCAUACACGUGUGUAGUACCUCCAUACACGUGUGUAGUACCACCAUACACGUGUGUAGUACCACCAUACAUGUGUGUAGUACCACCAUACACGUGUGUAGUACCACCAUACACGUGUGUAGUACCACCAUACACGUGUGUAGUACCUCCAUACACGUGUGUAGUACCACCAUACACGUGUGUAGUACCACCAUACAUGUGUGUAGUACCACCAUACAUGUGUGGACUACCUCCAUACAUGUGUGUAGUACCACUAUGCACGUGUGGAGUACCUCCAUACACGUGUGUAGUACCACCAUACACGUGUGUAGUACCAUCAUGCACGUGUGUAGUACCACCAUACACGUGUGUAGUACCACUAUGCACGUGUGUAGUACCACUAUGCACGUGUGUAGUACCUCCAUACACGUGUGUAGUACCACCAUACAUGUGUGUAGUACCACUAUGCACGUGUGUAGUACCACCAUACACGUGUGUAGUACCACUAUGCACGUGUGUAGUACCACUAUGCAUAAGUGUAGUACCACUAUGCAUAAGUGUAGUACCACUAUGCAUAAGUGUAGUACCACUAUGCAUAAGUGUAGUACCACUAUACACGUGUGUAGUACCACUAUGCAUAAGUGUAGUACCACUAUGCAUAAGUGUAGUACCACUAUGCACGUGUGUAGUACCACUAUGCAUAAGUGUAGUACCACUAUACACGUGUGUAGUACCACUAUGCACAUGUGUAGUACCACCAUGCACAUGUGUAGUACCACUAUGCACAUGUGUAGUACCACCAUGCACAUGUGUAGUACCACCAUGCACAUGUGUAGUACCACUAUGCAUAAGUGUAGUACCACUAUGCACAUGUGUAGUACCACUAUGCAUAAGUGUAGUACCACUAUACACGUGUGUAGUACCACUAUGCACAUGUGUAGUACCACCAUACACGUGUGUAGUACCACUAUACACGUGUGUAGUACCACUAUGCACAUGUGUAGUACCACCAUACACGUGUGUAGUACCAGUAUACAUGUGUGUAGUACCACUAUGCACAUGUGUAGUACCACUAUACGAGUAUGUAGUAGGACUAUAAACUGACACUGAAAAACUAUUCCUCCCUCUUUGGUGCAAUUACAGUGGUAGAAAAUGGAUGAAUGGACUGAUGGAUGGAUGUAUGGAUGGAUGGAUGGAUGGAUGGAUGGAUGGUGCAAUUCCAGUGUCCUGACUUGUUAGCAAGCUGAUGAAAAGUGGCAGAAGUAGCUCUGUCAUGACACAUGGAGGUCACAUGGAGGUCACAUGGAGGUCACAUGGAGGUCACAUGGAGGUCACAUGGACAUAUGCAAAUAAAGACCUGGGAUGCA